ACCCUUCGAGAAGCCGUCGGAACGGCGGCGGCGGCAAAGGGAGAAGAGCGAAGAGCGCCGCAGCCGCCGAAGCACCGAGAGCGAGAACAACUCAACUCGCCAGCCAUGGCGCUGCUGAUGGAGCCCGGCACCGAGCCCCUGACCGAGAGCGAGCAGGCCGACCUGGCGGGCAUCGCCGCCAUCAAGGAGUCGGCGGCGCGCGAGUUCAAGGAGCAGGGCAACCAGUUCGUCCGGAUGGGCCGGAAGCACUACGCCGAGGCGGUCUCCUGCUACACCAAGGCCAUCGCCCAGAUGGAGCCCCUCACCUCCCUCGACGCCGCGGCCGCCGCCGACGCUUCCGUCCUCUUCGCGAACCGCGCCCACGUCAACCUCCUCCUCGGCAACCACCGCCGGGCCCUCGACGACGCCGAGCAGGCCAUCGCCCUCUCCCCCUCCAGUGUCAAGGCGUACUACCGGGCGGUGAAGGCGGCGCUUGCGCUCGAUUUGUUGCCGGACGCCGCGUCCUUCUGCCGGAGAGGGCUCGAGCAGGACCCCGCUAAUGAGGAGCUCAAGAAAUUACUGUCGCAAGUGGACGCAAAACUGAGCGAGCAAGAACGUCAAAGAGCCAAAGUUGCACAAGCAAUCGCCGCAGCCAAGGAUCUUGCUGCUUCAGUGGAGAAGAGAGGGGUGAAGCUUGGGGAGCCUGCCUAUCAAGAACUGACAGGGGUAAAGAAGCCGAAGCUGGAUGAGCAGGGUGUGCUCCACUGGCCUGUUCUUCUGCUCUACCCAGAGGUCAUGUCGAGUGAUUUCAUUGAGGAUUUUCCGGAGACGGACACUUUUUCGCCCCACCUUGAUGUCAUGUUCUCAGAAAGUUCUCCACCAUUGCCAUGGGAUGAGAACCACGCUUACACAAGGUAUACCAUUGAGUUGUAUUAUCAGGGUGGUUUUGGCAAACCUUUGUCCAAAAGUGAAAGAUUAAGAUAUCUUCUAGAAGGCACUGUAGACUCGAAGUCUCUUCCAGAUGGCCUACUUGAUGGGGAGGAUGAAGAAAAUGACACUAGCCAGAGUAGCACAAUUGUAUUGUCAGCUGAAGGCUCUAGUAAGUGGAUCAAAGUAAAAGAAGGGAAAACCCUUCAAGAAGUGCUACAGGACAAAGACUUUAUCAUUCCCGCAAUCCCUGUAUUCUUUGUUGUCUCAAGAAAGACCACCUUCUACAGAGAUUUCAAUGCUGGAAAUUGGUCUUUGCCAUAAUAAAAACGGCGCAUCAAGGUUCUGUUCAACAUAUUUGGAAGGUGGUAGUGGAUAUGGUCAGAAAUCGGAAGAUGCCCGAUUGUUCAUCAUCUUGGGGUUUUAAAGGAGUGUACUUCUUUCAGUCUCCACAAAAACACCUUUCGGUUUAAUUUAUGCCAAGGAGUGUGUAAGUGUGUUCAUCGAGAUAGACGGAAAAGAGAACGCGAUGUAAUGUGAAUUUUGUCUUGGACCAAUUCAGCAUUUGGCCUGAAGGUAGUAUGAUACUGGGGUCAUAUUCAACUGCAAUGCUGUGUCCCUAGUUAAUGAAUGGGCUUGGGAGUUGAGACUGAACUCCAUUUUGUUUU